CACUGCUCUUUUUUUUUUUUUUCUCUCUCCUCUGUAUCUUCUCUUUCAAUACAGUCCUAUCUCUCCCAGUGCCUAGGGUUUGUUUCUUUGUCUCAAAUUCCUUAAACCUCCACCUGCUUCUCUUGAAUUCUCUCUUUUCUUUCGACCAUUUGAAAGAAAUCACCCUAAAAAAAUCCCAUCUUUCUCACAUUUUCAUUCACAUUCCUCUCUCAAAGGACCGAUCCUCAGUUUGUUUCUUAAUAAUAAUAAUAGUAAAACAAGAACCCUUUCAUGGCCAAGACCAAACCUGGCAAAAAGGACCUUGAUUCCUACACUAUCAAAGGGACCAACAAAGUUGUUCGACCUGGUGAUUGUGUGCUGAUGAGACCGUCGGACUCUGAUAAGCCACCGUACGUGGCACGCGUAGAGAAGAUCGAGGCUGAUCAUCGGAACAACGUGAAGGUUCGAGUUCGAUGGUACUAUCGUCCGGAGGAGUCUAUAGGAGGGAGACGACAGUUCCAUGGUGCCAAGGAACUCUUUUUAUCUGACCAUUAUGAUGUGCAAAGUGCACACACCAUUGAAGGAAAGUGUAUAGUUCACAGUUUCAAAAACUAUACUAAGCUUGAAAACGUUGGUGCUGAAGAUUACUUUUGUAGGUUCGAAUAUAAGGCUGCCACUGGUGGCUUCACUCCGGAUCGUGUGGCAGUGUAUUGCAAGUGUGAGAUGCCAUAUAACCCAGAUGACCUCAUGGUACAAUGUGAGGGAUGCAAGGAUUGGUUUCAUCCUUCCUGCAUGGGUAUGACCAUCGAAGAAGCAAAAAAAUUGGAUCAGUUUUUAUGUUCAGAUUGUUCUUCAGAGGAUGAUGCCAAAAGAUCUUUGAAUGCAUUCCCAGUAUCACCAUCCCUUGAGGCAAAGGUGGAAGCCAAGCGUAGAAAGAGAUAACCAUUACCACAACACACAACGAGGAGAUGCUUGAAGAUACUUACCUCUGCUUGAGGUUUAUGGUGAUCUGCGGCAUGCACUGAUGACAACUGAAACUAGAUAUAAAGAUCCAGAGACACAGGAUUGUUUCCUACUGUUGUUUUUUGCCCCACAGUUGUUGAGUCCAGAAGGUUAAGAUUAUCCUUUCAACCCCCUUCUGUUGGGCAAAAAGCCUUUUUCUUUUUCUUUUCUGGCAUGAAGUGGUGCCAAAAUAGCUUUGGUCAAUUGGGUUUUUUGAGGUUAUUGAAGUUCGAGGCGUUAUCUCUUUCAUCAGAACACAGAUUGUAUUUCAAAGGGCAGUAUUAUGAACAGAUGCAUGGUAAAACUCCCCAUGUUUCUGAUGAUAUUGAUGCCAUGGAACAUAACAGGGGUAUGGUAUACUGCUAUAGUAUAGCCCAAGACCGGAGAGACACAUCUAGCCCAUUGCCUCACCACUCUUCCAGCAUUUUCGUACUUUCUCUAAGGUUGAUUUUAGCUGUUUAUUAUGCCUUAGAUUAGGGUCAUUGCAGGUAGACCUUCCAAGUUCCAAUUCCAUAAGUUGGUGCCUGUAGGAUUGAACCUUAGAAAAGAUUUCAGGCCCCCCGUCUUUUUUUAUAUUAAAAUCUACUAAAAGAAUUCCAAUCCAGUGGGCGUGAGUGAUAGAAGUAGCUUUAGCUUUAGUAGAUUUCUGGAUGGCAUAAUUGAGAAAUGGCAGGGGCAGUCGUCCCUACCAUCAUCCUUUAAACAUUUACACAUAUAAACAGUCGCGUCAAAUCCACUAAGACUUUGAAAUUGGCAUCUGAAUGUUCACUGAAAACAGCAUUCAUUCAUUCAUUCCCUCUUUGAGAAAGUAAGAAUACUUAUUUUCUACCAUUGUUGAUUUCGAAGUUUGAAGUGAGUAUGAGCGUAUGACUAGAUUCCUUGUAUUUAUGAGUGUUUCGAGUGUUCAAGGGGGGAUGUAGGAGUAAUGGUGGGGACGACUGCCACUAGCAUUUCCCUACAUAAUUACACGGUGCAUAAAUUUAAGGAGGGUGGAGCCUGGAGCGUGGCAUUGUGGCGGUGGUUCAUUCUCUGUGACUACCACUUGUAAAUUGUGUUGAAUUAACCUCACAGGAAAACAAAUCAAACCUCUAAGAGUCAAGACUGUUGCAGUCUGCUGUAUGCGUGGCAUGUAUAACUUUGCAAUCCAUGCACGUGCACUGCUUCCUAAUCUCCUGAUUCACAUCACAUAAUAUGCUUCAUUUACCUUUGGCCCUUGCUUUCCAUUUCUCCUGCUCCUCCUCCAGCCGCUUUGUUUUGUUUUCAACCCAAGUUUCCAAAAACUUUCUCCACGUACGCAAAAUAUGAUAGUUUCACUUUUUUUGUUCAUAUGUGUUCCAGAAUUGUGGUUUUUGUUUUAUUCAAUUCAAUCACAAAAUGUACCAAUUCAAUUCAGUUUGAUUUUUCAAUCAAUAAGCUGAAAAUCCAAAUUAUCUUAACCAAAUAGAAUUUCAUUUU